AUGGAUCCCAAUUCAGAUUCCACGCACGAUACGCAACAACCCCCGGAAAUGGAAUCCAGGAUGCAGCAGGCGGAGGAACAAGGGCGGGCCGGGACUCGGGCAACGGGGUCUAGCACCAGCACUGCGGAUAUGUACUCGACGACAACGAGUUCCCUCGCUGACCUGGGGAAUCACAUCAGCAACAUGGCUGGGACGACCAUGGCCGAAAUCAGAAAUAAAGCUGGUGCGGUUUCAGCCGAGGAUGUUGUGCGGGAGGUUCGGGAUACGGCGUACUCGAUCACGAUGGGGAGUAAACAGGCGGAGGAGAGUACGGGUACGGGGGUUGAGGACUGCGAUCCUCAAGAAGCUCGCAGGAUUGAUGAGCUGCCCAAGGAGCGAAUCGCCGAGUUUCUGCAGGAAAAGCACAAGAGCGAUGCGGUGCAGCCUUCGAAGCAGCAAUGA